CAAUCGAGUAUGAAAAUGUCUCAUAAUAAAGCGUCGACCGUUAGAUAUUCUGAACUUGUCGUAGAUUAGUCUAGUUCAAAUCUGAAUGAGUAUACCAUGUGUUUACACCAAAAUUAAACCUUAUACCACAUCGGUUAAAUACAAGAGAUUACAUGACUUUAUAAAAUCAACUUAAUUAUAAUAAUUAAGAUCAAUUCAGAUGGGCCGCGUGGAUUGGAUUUUUGGGCCACCCUAUGCCAUCAUGCACGCCACUCCCUAGCCAUCUGUUCCAAAAAUUUAUUUAAGUGUUGGAGCAACCCCAAUGGUAUGUCAACAUACCUCCCACAUGAUGUAGUGGUGAGGGUGAUCAACACGCCACCCCCAAUGAUGUGGUGGGGAUGAUCAACAUACCACCCGGUCGACAUACCACCCUCAUGCUAUGAUCAGGGUUGCGCUUAAUAUCUUUUUGGUUGUUAAGAAAUUACCAUAUAAUGAUCCCCAUUGAUGCUAUAUGAGUAUAGAGGGAAUAAUCAACCAUCUAUACCUCAGGUAGUAUUGAUGCUUGAUUGUUAGAUCAUCGAUGCUAUAGACCAUCGAUUAUGGCUCAUAGAGGCUCAUACUUAAUCAUGUGCUAACCUAGCUUCAUUGUUCUUUAUUAAUUAGGUAGUGGUAUGAAGCAAAAGCACGCAUUAGCUAGUUAAAUCUCUGUUGUAAGAGGCGCAUGCACGAGUAGAGAAUGGUCUCAGUUGAAGGGAUAAAGUGAUGCUAUAGACUGAGUUAGAGUUUUGAUACUCAAUCUAAUUCCCUCCGAAUCAAAUGACCCCCAAAUCCUUGGUGAAAUUAUUGACAGAUUAACUUUGGUGCGAAAAUUUUUUGACGGCCGAAAAACUGGGCACUAACCAGACAGAGCAGCGCGUAACCAAACUGACACCUUUCCCCACUUUAAACGAACGACCCCUUUGUAUCAUCCUGGACCGUCGGAUUCUACCCUCCCCACUUAGCUUCAUUUUGGACCGUUGGAUGACUUGUAAGGAUGUCCAACGAAGUGGGUGUGUUAUUAGGACUUAGGACCCUAAUUAGUAAUUAGUCCCUAACUGGAUUUGUAUGGAUGAGCGCCUAGUUUAUAGACUUGGACUUCAUUAGACUUCAUUUCAUUUUUUUUCCCUCUGGUCAUGGUUAAUUCCAACUCGAAUUUGCUUCCCCGAAAGCUUCCAAAAUCCAAACCAAUUCUCAGACACGGAAACACGGAAUGAAGAGGAUAAUAAUGAAAUGAAUCAUUCUACAAAAAUGGACCCGCCACAGCAUACCAUACCGCCCGCCACAUGCGUCCAUUGCCAUACCUGUCCGAAAACAUCUCCUCCUUUUUUUUUUCUUUGCUCGAGUUUAUCUACAAAAUCCCGCAAAAAAUCAGAGUCCAUCAAUCGAACAGUCCUUCUCUGAUCGCUCCUCCUACGCCCUUCAUCUUCCCCACCAUUCGAACAGCAAUAAUUCACUCGGCGGCAGGGUAACGAACCAGCACGAUCUGCCGGCAGAGUAGUGAUUUGGGUUGCCGGAACCGGGAGGGGGAAUUCUGGUAAGAGAAUGAGCAUCAAGGUUCCAGCUACUAGGACGAGGGUUGGGAAGUACGAGCUGGGCAGAACCGUAGGGGAAGGCAGCUUUGCGAAAGUCAAGUUCGCCAAGAAUGUCGAAACCGGCGACAGCGUCGCCAUCAAGAUCCUCGAUCGGGAGCAAGUCCUCCGUCACAAGAUGGUCGAGCAGUUAAAAAGGGAAAUAUCAACAAUGAAGCUGAUCAAACAUCCAAACGUGGUCAAAAUAUUCGAGGUUAUGGCAAGCAGGUCGAAGAUUUACAUUGUUCUUGAGUUUGUCGAUGGGGGAGAGUUGUUUGACAAAAUUGCCAAGCAUGGAAGGCUUAAAGAGGAUGAAGCUAGGAAGUAUUUCCAGCAAAUCAUUAAUGCUGUGGACUUUUGCCAUAGUAGAGGAGUCUAUCACAGAGACUUAAAGCCUGAAAACCUUCUUCUUGAUAGCUUUGGUGUUCUUAAAGUUUCUGAUUUUGGGUUGAGUGCAUUUGCGCCACCACAAAUACGGGGGGAUGGGCUCCUUCACACAGCAUGUGGAACUCCAAAUUAUGUUGCUCCUGAGGUUCUCAAAGACAAAGGCUACGAUGGUGCGGCAUCUGACGUUUGGUCAUGCGGGGUCAUCCUGUUCGUGCUUAUGGCAGGGUACUUGCCUUUCGAUGAGUCAAAUCUUAUGGCUUUAUAUCAAAAGAUCUGCAAUGCUGAUUUCACAUUCCCGUCAUGGUUUUCAUCUGGCGCAAAGAAACUCAUAAAGCGUAUUCUUGAUCCAAACCCACUUACUCGAAUCUCCAUUCCUGAAAUCUUAGAAGAUGAAUGGUUCAAGAAAGGGUUCAAGCCACCACGUUUUGAGCAGGACGAGGAUGCUAAUCUAGAUGAUGUAGAUGCUGUUUUUAACAACUCUAAGGAUCGUCUUGUAACAGAAAGGAAGGAGAAACCGGAGUCUAUGAAUGCUUUCGAGCUAAUCUCGAGGACACAAAGCUUCAGUCUCGAUAAGUUGUUCGAGAAGCAAGCAGUCAAGCGAGAGACUUGUUUUGCUUCCAAUAGUCCCGCGAAUGAAUUGAUGUCCAGAAUUGAGGAAGCUGCAAAGCCGCUGGGAUUUAACGUGGACAAGAAAAAGUACAAGAUGAAACUGAAAGGCGAACGAAGUGGAAGGAAGGGUCAACUCUCCAUGGCUACUGAGGUCUUUGAGGUGGCUCCCUCGUUACACAUGGUGGAGCUUCGCAAACUCGGUGGUGAUACACUAGAAUUUCACAAGUUCUACAAGAGUUUCUCGUCAGGACUAAAAGAUGUGGUGUGGAAAUCUGAUCAAACCAUUGAAGGGUUGAAGUAAAGCUCUCUGCCACCUGUUUCUGGCGGAUGGCGGGCCAAACUUGCAGUUGAUGGGUAAUUUGUGUUCUGGCGGGCGGGUCGUAUCAGUUGGGCUAUUCGGGUGUUCAUGUUGUAUCAUUAGCUUUAUGAUUGAAUUAAUAGCAUUUUAUGUUCUUUUACCAUUCCAAGUUAACUGCGGUAUCCUCAAUGAUUGUCAUGUGAUUCCUGAUCUGUCCAACAAAGGUUGAAUGGGGGAUCCAUUGGAGGUGGAAAAAAUGCUUGGAAAUAUCGUGUACUGCUAGACAAAAUAUUUCGAUGGCUCGUAUUCUUAUCGUGCCUUGAGCGUUGGAUAAUAGUUACGGUGGAAGAAGUGUGUUCGAGCCAUCGGAUAAUACUAAGGUGGAAGAAAUGUGUAUUUGAGUC